GCAAAGUUGUUCCGUUGGCACCCGUUCCGCUCUCAAUGUGUGGUGAAGGUGAAACGCCGGGAAUCAAAUGGAAUAUUGAGUCCCAGUCGUGUUUUUUUCCGCUUACGCUCAUUGAAACUUUGCGUGCUUUUCGGUUCAGUUCGUUCCGUGCGCGCUACUAAUUAUUAUAACUCGGGCAGAAAACACCCAGAAAAGCAGUACGCCAACAAAAUAUGACAACCAGCCACAGUUUUUACAUCGAGCAAUCAGCAUCCAAACAAAGUGAAGCAAAAUAAGCAGCAGCAAAUAACAAAUAAAUACACAAAGCCAACAUAUUCAACUCACACACACACACACACACAACACAACACACACACACAUAGCCAGCGUUCCUGUACUCAAAGCAUUCCUAAUCGCCGCAGAAAAAUAACAACAAGCAGCAGAAAGCAGAAAUAACAUCAACAAAAUUCAACAAAAAUAACAGCAAAUAAACAAAUUGGAGGAAAUUAAUUUAAAAUCGAAAAUAAAGCCAUGUAUAUAAGUGUUGCUUAGAUAAAUUCGCCAAAAAGUGUCACAAAAAGUGUCUAUGAAAAUCAGCAAGUUUAAACAAAUUUAGGAAAUUUAUGCCCUCAAUAUAGCGCAAUUCCUAAAUCAAUUGUAAUCUAAAAAAUAUAGUUAAAGCCAAUACACAAGUAAAAGUCGAAAUAAAAGCGAGUAUCUCGUCGAUAAAAGGUCGCUUGUUGCUAAUCGCCAUUAGUUUAUCCGUGUGCCUGGCCUGUGGCAGUGUGUUGGUGGCCGCGAUUGCCCUGCGCCGCUCGGCCAACGCAACAGCUGCACUAGCAGCAACACUAGCGGCAGCAGCAGCAGCGACAUCUGCAUCAGCAGGAGCAGCAGUCACAUCCGCAGCAGCUUUAGAAGCGGCAACAACGCGAAGGAUACGGCACAAACGUCGCUCGUCGCAACGACGGCGCAGCAACAACAACGCGGUGCUGUCAUCUGGGAUCGGGACUGGCAUCGGGAUCGGGAUCGGGCUUGGACUGGAAACCAAUUCGGCUCUGGCCCUGCCACUGGCAACCACACCACCAACAUCGGGCUCCACAGCAGCGGAUCAGACAGCUAUAGCCGCCACCGCCGCCUCCGCUGCAGCAGCAGCAACAACACCAGCAGCAGCCGCAACAGCAUCGACAGCCGCAGCAACAGUUACAACAACACUUUUGCCAACCGAGCCGGAACAUUCUGUACCCAUGCUAUCGGUACAGACGGCCGGCUGCGCGGGAAUGGAGCGGCUCGGCGUUCCGACCCGCACAUCUUUGAGCACACCACCCGAUGAUAGGGAUCAAUUUAGAUGUAGAAUGCGCGUGGAUGCGCUCCAGGCACGUGAGCUUCUGGCUGUACGUGGCGAGACUGUGAUUCGUGGCGCCGGCAACAAUCAGCACCAGCAGCAACACCAUCUCCAUCACAGCAGCAGUAGCAGCAGCAAGCAACAACAUUCCCACCACCAGCAACAACGCAUGACAACUCCAAGCACGCAUAACUCCGGCGGCGGAGGAGUAGGAGGAGGAGCAGGAGCAGGCGGUGACCACCAACACCACCACCAUCACCAGCUGGGCAACAGCAGCAGCAACAACAACAAUAGUAUUAGCAGUAAUGUGGCGCGAGGCGGCAUAGAAGCCACCACGCUCAAGUACGGAAACACGGGCAGCGGGAGCGGUAGUGGUUGCUACAAAGGCGAUUGCGGCAACUCCUCAUCCGGAUCCUCGUGCAGUUCACUGCAGAGCCACAGCAACGAUCACCACCAACAUUACCAGUACCAGCUGCAGCAGCAGCAAACUCCCCGCUGUCCCCAUCACGUACCACUGCCGGACAGCGAGUACGGACAGGAUCGACACCUGCAGAUCAGGAGUAGCUAUCAGCAAUCGGAAAUCACCAGAUCGUACACGAAACCGCCGCCCAACAAGACGGUGCGGGAUGUUCCCGAGCAGAUCUCGGCGGGCGGCUGUGGCGUCUCCAGCUCCAGCUACCGUCUCACCACGCUCCAGGCCGCCUCCUCCACAUACACGCCUGCGGGCGUGUCAGCUUCCGCCUCCUCAGCGUCCAGCAAGUCGAAGCCGAAUGCCAUAACCAAGUUCUUCUCGCGGAUCAGUUCGCCAAAGUCGCCGCCGAGCAGUACAAUGACCUCGGCUGCAACAGCUUCGCCUGCAUCCUCCGUCUCCAUGUCGUCGUCCGCCUCCUCGCUAGCCUCCUCCGCCUGUGUGUCCACCUCGUCGUCGGCCUCCUCACUAGCUGCUGCGCCCCUGCCCACGCUGCCGGUUUCCAAUGCAUCCCUGCUGAAGAGCACGGCCUGUGGCUACGGCACUAAUCCCAGUGGGAUCUACUCAGGACUGGGACCCAGCACGCAACUGAUAACCAGCCUGGGAACUGGAACAAGCGGCAACUGCAGUCCCGAGAGGAUACCUACACCACCGCUGUCCGUCUGCGUGCCAAUCGGAGCUGGCCUGCAGCCGCUGAGAAGCAGCAGCAGCGGGAGUAGCAGCAGUACCGCCAGCCUACCCGCCGUCGAGACAACCGCAACUACAGCCACCACUCAGUCUUCCUUUGCCGCCGGAGCGACGGGGGAUCUCCCGCUGACCACGAUGAGCCGCAAUAAUUCCAACUCUAGCAUGAUGAGCUACCACUGCAGCUGCAAUAGCCGGAAUUGCAGCCACUGUGCGGCCAACUCAUAACUGAGCUCGUGUUAAGUUUAACUACAUUAAACAAAUCUGGUGGUGCGGAAACCACUGGAGAUUUUAGAACAUUAGUUAAGUUACAAGUGCUCACUAGCUGAUUUGAACUUCACACACUAUAAGACUUUUGCAUGGUAUUUGAUCAUAAUUUGUAAACUUACCACAGGUCUUGUAUUUAAAAAGCUUUACUUGAGGUAAAACAUUGCCAAAUUUAGUGAAAUACUUAUCUUUUGUUGUCGAAUCUCCAGAGAUUUGUGCGGCACCUCCAAAAUAUAUAUACAUUAAUAUAUAUAUACAUAUAUUUUUUUUUAUGUUAGCCUAUGUUUAUCUAUUAUGUUAAAGUUUAACAGAUUUAUUUUAUGUAGGUCUGUCGCCAACUUUUGCGCUGGUACGAAAAGACUGUUUAUUAGUCAGAAUUUAAUUUGUAAAUUUGAGUAACAAGAGGGAAGAAAGUUAGAGAAUGAUACGGAGAAGACAUAUGUAUAGCUGCGCUGCCGCCUUUUAAGCACUCACCACAGACCGUAGGAGGUUCAUUUUUAAGUUAUGUACCAUUAUUUCCAUUCGUCGCUUGCUAAAAGUAAUAAAUCGAGAAUUUUUUUGUAAAAACCAAGAAAGCAACAAACUUGAAAGAGACAGACACAAUACCACAAAACUUGAAGAAGGGAAUGAGGAAAGUAAAAACAAAACAUAAGUGAAUAUGUAACUGUAAUUUUAUGAAUGAAUAUUGUAUACACUUUAGUUUCAAUAACUCUAGUUUUAAAUCGAAGCCAACCAACUCUUAACUAUACUCUAUCCCCUACCCCUAUCCACAUACCCUUUUAUUAUUGUACGCAAGGCCCAUGUGCUGGAACACACGAAAACACACACAAACAGUUUUUAGUUCAAUUGAAAUUUGUAUUUGUAUAUUUGCUAACGGAAUUACGAUGUAAAGAAAAAAACAAAAAAUGAAAUGAAAUCUAUGUAAACCAAAUUUUAGAGAAAUUAUUGUUUUCAUUUUUAAUUGGCUGAAGCUAAUUGAUUUGAUUGAUUUCAGAUUUUAGCGGGAUUUAUUUUAAAUCUAAAAUUUGAAACAUAACGAUCGAUGAACCUGAAGUUAUCGAUAACCUGUUGCAACCGGGCAACAAUGGACGAUCGUGUAGAUUCAUGUGCAACUCUGGUCGAGUGCGGCAGUCUCAAAAUAUUUUGGCGGUUUAUUUAAAAUGAGAUUGGCAUUAUAUUUUGUAUGUUCUGAGUUUAGGAAAAUCAAGGAGCUAAGAAAAAAUCCCAUAGCAAUGUAUAAUAUAAGCACAAUUAAGCAGCUCAGAGCUUUUAUUGUUUAAAUAUCCAGCCUUAUUUGGUAGUCUUUAUUUUCACGAGUUUCUGAAAUUCUAAGAAUGUGUAAUUUUCAGACAACCCAUGCACCUUGUUGCCCCAAACAAUUUAUAUUUAAAUUAUCAAAGAGAAGGAAAACAAAAAAUGGUUUCAAGAACUUACGAUCCAUUAAAUCAAAUUUAAACCACAUUUAACCAACAAUUUAGAUGAAAAACGGAAUGCGAGAAACUAGGAAAAUAUGAUAACAAAUGCAAAAUAAUGGAAAACACUUUACUACGCCAACAAGUCCUACAAGCCUACACUUUAAAUACAUAACGAUAACGAUAUAGUUCGAUGUCUAUGGAUCAAAGAAUACUUAAAGUAAUGCAACCGGAAAUAGCCCGAAAUAUCACAGAACGAAGAGAAAACCGGAGACAAUGAAUAACUAAAUUAAACGCGUAGAAUUUAAUUACUUAAUUAGUUCUAAACAAAUUAAGUCCAGCUAAAUAUCGAAGCGAUUGAAUUCGUUUGAUCGGAGAAUCAUAUACACAUUUAUACAAACAGGCCUAAUUUCAACUACCUCCAAAACUGUUUUUUAAAUUUAAAAAUUAAAUUCUAAACGAAGUUCAAGUCUACGAAUUAUGUUUAGCAAAACUAAACGAAAACUAAGUAAAUCAAAUGAAACAAAUCGAUUAAAUUAUAGUAAAUCAAUUGAUUGAAUUACAAUUUUUUUAAAUUCAAGCAGAUCGAUUAAUUCAAUAAAUCAACAAUCAUUGACAAGUAAUUAAUUUUACACUUUAUAUAUACGAUAUUUAUUACUAUAUGGUAUCUGUACAUUUAGAUCGAGAAUACAAAUGAAAGCGCACACGAGCUGCGUUUCGAAAAUGCAAAACCGUCGACUGAUAUAUAUAUAACAAAAGAUAAAUAAAUAACGUAAACUACAAGAAAAGUAUAGAGAUUCAUUUGUAAAUACACCGAAUGCAGGACAAUGCGCUAGGAGCAUUAUGUUAAUGUAACCACAUCCUAUCCCAAGCAGAUCCCAAAGAUUUCGAAACCAUCCGAGACCCAAAUCUCCCACUUCCCAGUAAAUCGAAUUUGAUUUUUGAUCCCUGCAGACAAAGUGCACCCAAUACUAGCGAAAUUUUUUAAAGCGCAUUAAGCAAAACGUCUAAUAAACAAAAAUCUGAAUAAAAAUCGAUAUAUAUCUAAAUACAUAUAUAUUAAUUGAAUACCAAUUAUUGUUGUUGUCUCAUAUAAAAACCAAAAACCAUUUAAAGCAAAAUACAAAAAUGGGAAAAAUGAAAGCAAAUUUAAAAUAUAUUUCC